CGUCGUCGUCGCCGCCGGCGGCGGGGGCUGCGAGCGCCGCCAUCUCGGCCUCGGAGAAAGUGGACGGCUUCACCCGGAAAUCGGUGCGCAAGGCGCAGAGGCAGAAGCGCUCGCAGGGCUCGUCGCAGUUCCGCAGCCAGGGCAGCCAGGCGGAGCUGCAGCCCCUGCCCCAGCUCAAAGAUGCCACUUCAAAUGAACAACAAGAGCUUUUCUGCCAGAAAUUGCAGCAGUGUUGUGUACUGUUUGAUUUCAUGGACUCUGUUUCAGACUUGAAGAGCAAAGAAAUUAAAAGAGCAACACUGAAUGAACUGGUUGAGUAUGUUUCAACUAAUCGUGGUGUAAUUGUUGAAUCAGCGUAUUCUGAUAUAGUAAAAAUGAUCAGUGCUAACAUCUUCCGUAUUCUUCCUCCAAGUGAUAAUCCAGAUUUUGAUCCAGAAGAGGAUGAACCCACGCUUGAGGCCUCUUGGCCUCACAUACAAUUGGUGUAUGAUUUCUUCUUGAGAUUUUUGGAGAGUCCUGAUUUCCAGCCUAGUAUUGCAAAGCGAUACAUUGAUCAGAAAUUUGUACAACAGCUCCUGGAGCUUUUUGAUAGUGAAGAUCCCAGAGAACGUGACUUCCUGAAGACCGUUCUACACCGAAUUUAUGGGAAAUUCCUUGGAUUAAGAGCAUUCAUCAGAAAACAAAUUAACAACAUUUUCCUCAGGUUUAUAUAUGAAACAGAACAUUUCAAUGGUGUUGCUGAACUCCUUGAAAUUCUAGGAAGUAUUAUCAAUGGCUUUGCAUUGCCACUGAAAGCAGAACAUAAACAGUUUCUAAUGAAGGUUCUUAUUCCUAUGCAUACUGCGAAAGGAUUAGCUUUGUUUCAUGCUCAGCUAGCGUACUGUGUUGUACAGUUCCUGGAGAAAGAUACAACACUGACAGAACCAGUGAUCAGAGGACUGCUGAAAUUCUGGCCAAAAACAUGCAGUCAGAAGGAGGUGAUGUUUUUAGGAGAAAUUGAAGAAAUUUUAGAUGUCAUUGAGCCGACACAGUUCAAAAAAAUUGAAGAACCACUUUUUAAGCAGAUAUCCAGAUGUGUCUCCAGCUCUCAUUUUCAGGUUGCAGAAAGAGCAUUGUACUUCUGGAAUAACGAGUAUAUUCUUAGUUUGAUCGAGGAGAACAUUGAUAAAAUACUGCCAAUAAUGUUUGCCAGUUUGUACAAAAUUUCCAAAGAACACUGGAACCAGACCAUUGUAGCACUGGUGUACAAUGUGCUGAAGACCCUCAUGGAAAUGAAUGGCAAGCUGUUUGAUGACCUUACUAGCUCCUACAAGGCUGAGAGACAAAGAGAGAAAAAGAAGGAAUUGGAACGUGAAGAAUUGUGGAAAAAAUUAGAGGAGCUAAAGCUAAAGAAAGCCCUAGAAAAGCAGAACAGUGCUUACAACAUGCGCAGCCUCCUCAGCAGCGCCAGCGCCGAGUAGAAGCGGGCCUGCACCUCUGCAGGGCGGCACUGUUUUGUACAUGUUUUAAAUACAGAAAAACUGCAAAGCAAACCUCAUCAGUAUAAUAUAAUUAAAAGGCCAAUCUUUUCUGGCAACUGUAAAUGAAAACAUAUAUGGACUAAACAGCCCUGUGCUAUAUCAUGGCCACAGUAUAUUGUAACCUUUUGUCUAAUCAUUGAUGUAUUGUGUCACUUCUGAAGUUUCACAGAAAUGAAUUUUAUCAUCUACGAGUGAGAUAAUUAUGGGAGUGGUAAGAAUUAAGACUUGAAUUCUUUUUUGAUUGUGUUGCACACAGAUCAAGUAGUCUGCUCUGUAUACUUUUCCUUCUAUAAUGUGCUUUUCACAUUGCUGCAGACCUUAGUUACAUCCUAGGACAAAGAGUGUUUCCUAAAAUAAACUAAGGUACCAUCCUCCCCUUCCCUUCGUCUCUCCCAGAAACACGUUGGUGGGAUUCCUGCCGAGCCCGCCCUAUCAGAAGGUAUCACUGUCUUCUGGAAUUUGAGUAAAACCUUCACUGCCCAGGCUUUUAAAGCACAAAAUACGAAUAAAAGCUGGGAAAGUAAACCAAAACUCCGAGUGGUCCUCACCAACACCCCUUCCCCUGCAGUGCCCCAGGGCGACGGCUGCCCCUCGUCCAUUCCUCUCCUCCCAGAGGCUGGAGGCAGGGCCUUUCCAGCCCCUGGCAGCGCCGCCCGCCCCUCCGCACCCGGGGUGGAGGCCUCGAGUCCCACGAGUGCUGCUGCACAGUGCUGGCUGUCACUGCCUGGCUCUAUUUACAGGAAACGCAUAGGCUUCCACCGUAGAGCACUGGAACUUGACUCCAUAGAGGUCUUGUAUGUUCGUACCUGGUCAGGUGUUUCUCACGUCUUUUCUUAUCAGAGUACCAUUCCAAUCUCUUUAACUUGCAGUUGUGUGGAAACUGUUUUGUAAUGGAAGAUCUUCACUGGGGGAUUGAGCAGCGUUUAAUAAAGUCUAUGUUUGUA